AUGACAACGAAUCAGACCGCGUGCGCGCUUCAAGAGAACCAGAUACCCGUCGACAGCUACAGAAUGCACUCGAAGCCGCCUCCGACCAUGACCAUGGGACGCAUGGCCCGAUGGCCGCUGCUCCUCCUCUUGCUGGUGUUCUACUGGUGUUCCUCGGUGGCCGCCUUUGGCAACGAGUAUGUCCACAUCAAGGUGCAUGUGCCCAAGGAGCAGGGCGGUGAGCCCGAGGUGGCCAAGGUGAUUCACCAUUACCAUCACCAUCCGCAUCCCCAUCAGCUGCAGCGCCUGCAGCGGGGUCGUGGAGCACCACCACCACCACCACCACCACCCAAGCCGAAGCACCCCAGUCCCCUGCUGGAGAGCGUCAUUCUCUCCGAUCUGGACAAGCCGCUGCACAUGAGCGAGCACGCCGAGUAUCUGAACCACGCCAAGGAGCUGGCCGAUCACCUCACGGAGUCGUUCAACAAGAAGCCACCACCGCCGCCACCACUGCCACUGCCACCCAAGAAGAAGGUAAACACCUACACGAUCAUCGAGGAGCAGCACAGCUCCAGGCCAGCUCCAGCCCCAGCUCCAGUGCACAGCGGCUACGGGUAUGAGGAUCAUCCGGAGCACAGUGUGGAGACGUACCGAGUGAUUGAGUCCCGCCCCCAGCUGAACCACCACCAUCACCACAAGCAACACCAUGCCCAUCUGGAGGAGGAUGAUGACGAUCUGGGCUACCACUACCCGCACUCAUCGCGAUCCUAUCCGCAUCAUAUUGGUGGCGCCUACGCAGAGCCCGCUCCCGUCGAGGAGCACAUUGAGCAGGAGACGGAGACGGAGCCGGGCUACAGCUACUCUGCUCCCUACGCCCACUCUGGACGCGGCCCCAAGUCGGGCCGGGCUCCGGCCUACACCCUGGAGGCCCCCGAGGAGUCGUCGUCCGCCUACGGCUAUGACUACUCCAGGCCGAGCAGCAGCAGUAGUGGAAGCAGCUCGGGCUUCCGACCAUCUCCACAGCUGCCCAGCGGCAGCGAAGGCUACGAGGAUGAGGUGGCGGACACGUAUGGGGCGCCAGCUCCAGCACGUCGUCGUCGACCGGCUCUGGUGGACUGGCCAGAGGCCACGGGAUUCAACAGUGCCGCCCCCGAGACGUACAACGGUGUCGACAGCUACAACGUAGGUCAUGUCCAGGGCUUCGGCAGCGGUGGCUAUCAGUACAGUGGGCCCUAUCUGUAG